AUGUGUCAACGUAAGUUACAUUCGUACGUGCGACCUUCCUCCCGGCUUGUGAAAGUCGCCGAGAAACGAGCCGUGUCGUACGCUCGAAUUUUGGGUUGCAGAGAUAUGCCUACCAUUGUGUAUCAUCCGGGCUUCAUGAACCAGAAGUGGGGGAAGAAGUCAACCCUACUUGCUCAGUUCUGUGCCGAUAAACGUCUGUCCUACGUGACGUUCCUCAGGCAGGAAAAGCUGUUCUUAUCACCGGCUGUGACUCGGGCUUCGGACUUGCUCUAGCUAAGUAUUUGAAUGGAAAUGGUUGCCGCGUAUUUGCUGGAUGUUUGCUGAAGGAGAAAAAAGGUGAUGGAGCCCAAGAGUUGGCUGCAUUAAAGCGUCCGAACCUCCACGUUCUUCAGCUUGAUGUUGCAGAUGAUAAGCAAGUGUCGAACUGUCUCCAAGAAAUUGAAGCAAUAUCUAAUGAUACCAAAAAUG